UGAGCCCUCCUCCUCCUCCUCUCCCCCUCUCCUAAGGGGAGUGAGUGGUUGCAGUCACAUCAGGCUCAGUGUGUGCUCCAGCAGUCCAGCACUCAGUCCUACCUCUCCUCCAUCAGUGCUUAGCUCAGGACCUCUGGAUACAAGAUGCUACAUGAAUGGGACCUGACCCUGCCCCUGCUGCUGCUGCUCUUCUUGCAUUGCCCCUCUGCACCUUUGGCAUUUAACCUGGAUAUAGACAAGGUGACAGUGUACAGUGGUCCCCAGAACAGCUAUUUUGGAUACUCAGUGGAUUUCUACAUCCCGGACUCCAGAACGACCAGCGUAUUGAUCGGAGCCCCCAAAGCUAACACCAGCCAGCCGGAGAUAGUGGAGGGGGGAGCGGUGUACAACUGUCCUUUCCCCAGUGGAGGCGCUGUCUGUAAGAGGAUUCCUUUUGACAACACUAACAACAGGUUCGCCAGAGUCAAUGGAACCAAACAGGCGCUCGAGUUCAAGUCAAAACAAUGGUUCGGAGCCACCGUCCGGUCUCAUAAGGAAAAAGUUGUGGCCUGCGCCCCUUUAUACCACUGGAGGAGCGUAAAGGAUCUAAGUGAAAGAGAGACUGUUGGGACCUGCUACGUGGCCAUUCAAAACUUCAGCUCCUACGCGGAGUACUCCCCCUGCCGCAACCAAAACGCUGACCCGGCAGGACAAGGUUACUGUCAAGCAGGAUUCAGUUUGGAUUUCUAUAAGAAUGGAGACAUCGCACUUGGAGGACCUGGCAGCUAUUACUGGCAAGGGCAGGUCUUCAGCGCCAACAUCGCAGAUAUAACUCAAGGCUAUUCCUUUAGGAACAUAAUCAGAAACCUUACCGGUGAGAAGAAGACCAAAGUGGGUGACUCUGCCUAUGAUGAUAGCUACAGAGGGUAUUCCGUGGCCGUAGGAGAAUUUACAGGCGAUUCUGUGCAAGAGUUGGUGGCUGGAAUUCCAAGAGGCGAGCAGAACUUUGGAUAUGUCACCAUCAUUGACUCUACAGACAUGACGUACGUUCACAAUUUCACAGGUGAUCAGAUGGCUUCGUACUUCGGAUAUACAGUUGCCGUGUCGGAUGUAAACAGCGAUGGUCUAGAUGAUGUCCUGGUGGGGGCGCCACUGUACAUGGACCGUGAAAUUGAAAGUAACCCUAAGGAAGUGGGCCAGGUUUACCUCUACCUGCAACAGAGUCCUCUAGUCUUCAAAGAUGCCCAGCUACUGAAAGGGGCGGAGGUCUUUGGCAGAUUUGGCAGUGCUAUAGCAAACCUAGGGGAUUUAAAUCAAGAUGGAUACAACGAUGUCGCAAUCGGAUCCCCAUUUGCAGGCGAAGACAGAAAGGGGAAAGUGUUUAUUCACAAUGGAAAUAAAAAUGGGUUAAAUGACAAACCGUCUCAAGUCUUGGAAGGAUCAUGGGCCUCGGCGUCCCUGCCGGCAGGAUUUGGCUUCACCUUGAGGGGGGAUUCAGACAUAGACAAAAAUGAUUAUCCAGAUCUCAUUGUUGGAGCGUUUGGAGCAGGAAAAGUGUCUGUAUACAGGGCCAGACCUGUAGUUACUGUGGAUGCCGAGCUUCUUCUUAAUCCCAUGAUCCUUAAUCCUGAGAACAGAACUUGUCUGAUUUCUAUCUCAGACACUGUGGAGUUGGUGGUGACUUGCCUCACUGUAAGGGUGUGUAUGGAUGUAUCCGGACAAGGAAUUCCUCGUCACAUCGCUAUGAAAGCCGAACUGGAGCUGGACUGGUUAAAACAGAAGAGAGCGGUGAAGAGAACGCUCUUCCGCGACGGCACCGCGUACCACGCGUUUCAGAUGAUCGUAGGGAAGGAUAUCGGAAAGCAGUGUCAGGAUUUUCUUGUUUAUCUCAGAGAAGAAUGGGAAUUUCGGGAUAAGCUCACUCCAAUCACUGUCAACUUGAAUUACAGCUUGGAUGAAUCUGCCUUUUUGGGUAACCAGGACCUAAAGCCAAUAUUAAAUCUCUAUAAGGAAGCGAAAAUACAGCAGCAGGCUCACAUUCUUGUGGACUGCGGAGAUGACAAUAUGUGCAUUCCUGACCUGAAACUCUCAGCCAAAUCGGAUAAAAAAGAGCUGAUUAUAGGGGAAGAGAACCAUAUGCUCUUCAUCAUAAAUGCAAGGAAUGAUGGAGAAGGUGCUUACGAGGCUGAGCUCCAAGUCAACAUCCCACCUGAGGCGGACUACGUAGGCAUUGAGCGCAAUAUGGAGGGUCUAAAACAGCUUAAUUGUGAAUACAAAAUGGAAAAUGAGUCCCGAAUGGUCAUAUGUGAUCUCGGAAACCCCAUGGUUGCUGGAACUAAUCUCUCGCUCGGUUUACGAUUUGUGGUCCAGAGGUUAGAAAGUGCUGACAGCAUCAAAUUUGACCUUUUUGUAAAAAGUUCCAACAAAGACAAUCCCAACAGUAAUUUUGUCAGUCUAGAAAUUUUCAUCACUGCUGAGGCCCGCGUGGAGAUAAGAGGAGUUUCCCAUCCCCCUCAAAUCGUCCUACCCAUUCCCAACUGGCAACCGAAAGAAAAACCUACAGAAGAAGUGGAAAUUGGACCCUUAGUUCAACACAUCUAUGAGUUGCAUAAUAUUGGACCAAGUGCAGUUGGGGAAACGCACCUGACUGUGGAGUGGCCUGUCCAGAAUAAAGAGGAGUUUCUCCUGUAUAUAUUUCACAUUGAGACAGAGGGGCCCUUACAGUGCUAUCCGAGCAGCGCUAUUAACACUUUAAAUAUUAAGCCAAACGAACCUGAAGACACCCCAGAGUUGGCUGCUUUCCUACGCAAUUCCAGCGUCUCCCAUGCGGUGAGCAGGAGAGACAUCGCAGUGGCAGAGGCCCUGAGGCAUAACCCCAUCCCAACUAAACUACUGAAUUGCACCAAUGUGAAAUGCUUAAGAAUCACCUGCAAAGUGAAGCAACUAAGAGGCGCCGAGCGGGCCGUGGUGAAGAUCAGAUCCCGGUUAUGGGCAGAAACGUUCCUCCAGAGGGACAACGAAUAUUACUCGCUCACCGCCAGCGUGUCGUUUGAAGUAAAGAAGAUGCCUUAUAGUGUUCAACCAGCAAAACUGCCAGCUGCAAGUAUAGCAAUAAAGACAUCAGUGAUUUGGGCAACUCCGAAUGUAUCGUUCUCCAUUCCUCUGUGGGUCAUCUUACUGGCCAUUCUACUGGGGUUGUUGGUUUUAGCCAUACUUACCGUAGUCAUGUGGAAGUGUGGAUUCUUUGACCGUGCAAGACCACCACAAGAAGACGUAACGGACGACACAGAAAAACUGACAAACAAAACAUCUGAAGCAUGAAAACAACAUCCUGUGCUGUAAGACUGCAACGUGGAGGGCCAAAGAUUGAAUGUACUUGCAUCGCCACAUUGCAGCGUUGCUUCUGAGUUGCGCUGUACCAACCACUCAAGGGACAUUUGUUGAAUGAUGCCUUAAAAAAUUCCUUCAAUGUCACAUAUGAAGUUUUUACUUGAAUCUUUGCUGGUUUCGUGCAGAAGAGUUGCAUGAUAUGCGCUCCAGAGACUCGUGAGAGUAACGAAAACUGUAAGCCUGUAUUACUGUACUGGGAUGUAGACUUCUCUGACCAACUCUUAAACCACUACUGUUCUGUAAAGGACCUGGGAACAUGCCCAUCAGGGAACAGUUCUCCAUUGGAUCACUGGGAAGUGUCAGAUUUUUGACUAUGUUUUCCAGAAUGACUCUAUAAGAUGAGAUGAUCAUUUUUGUUGGAUGAAGCACAGACUCUUUAUUCUUCCUCUCGAAGCUUCCGAAAAAUGCAACAAAGAUCUGUAUAAUAUUUUAUACAUUUGUACAAAUUGUUGAAAUGUUUUGUCUAUAGAAAAUGUGCCGUUUUUAUUGAACGCCAAACCAUGCUUGACACCUACUUUGCCGGAACUGGAGACAUCAUGCCUGAUUGAGGUCUUUUGUCUGGGUCAAGAGUUGACUUUUAAUGUUGGCUUCAGUCCAGUCGAAUAGGCAACAGGAUAGAACUUUUUUUGUUCUUCUGUGAACGGCUGGCGACCUGAGAUCACUUUAUGUAACAAAUCACUUUAUUUAUAUCACUUGUUACACUGUUCUUCUAUUACCAAUACUGUAUUAAGCAGUGCCUUCAUGUGCGUUACACAGGGCCAAUAGUCAGUUGUGCUCUGCAAAGGCGAUCCCGGCUACUUGUGGUUGGUGGUUAUAAGAUAUUGCACUCAGUUAUACUCAUGAAACAAGUAAAUACUGGCUGAAACUAAGAUUGGUUUUGACUGAGGACAAAGGUUGUGGCCAGAUAUAGUCUACCAUAUACAAUAUAAGGAUAUGUCGGCACUUCAGUGGAAUCUGCGGUUGUGCACGAGGUAGGGUAAAGCCACAGGUAGAAGAAAGAUGAUACCCAGCUCUCACCAGUAAUGCACAGGAAAGAUUUAUUACGCCAUAGCGUAGUACAAGGACGUGUU